CAAAAAUCGUAAUUGUGAAUAAUAAUGAGACGCAAUGCAUUGUGGGAAGACCCUCACUCCUCCUCUGGGUACAACAGGUACAUAACAGCAUAGAGAUUAUAAAAGAAUCUUAUAAUCUCUAUGCAUGACAUUGUGUCUUGUUUGAUGUUUUUAGAUUCUCAGUGAACCGUGGCAUAUUUCAACAAGUCAGGUUAGUACUACUGCUUAUGCAUGCUCAUUUUCUACUUAUUGUUCUCAUUGUGGAGAGGUAUUUCUCGAUGUUGACGUAUGUUCAAAUUUCCCCAUACAGACUGCGGCAGAUCAGAUGCAGAUUGCUACGUACAACAAGGAUAGAUCUAUGACUCCAGGAGGCGGAGGCUUUGGACCGGUAAAGAAAUGUUCCUAUUUUGUUUUGCUGGCUGUUUCACAUUUUAUCCUUUGUUCUCCUCAAGUUCCAUACACUGGUACAGUGGCUAGUGCAUGUGUAUUUUUCUUCUGUGACUGGAGGUCGAUUCCUGCAAUAUCCAGUUGCAUGCGAGAGGAGUGCAGUCUCAGUUUGGCCCUACCAAACACCGCUGAUUUCCUCUGGGUUCUCCGCUUUCCUUCUUUAGUAACACUGGACAUUUAGAAAGAAUGGUUUUUGAACUGAAAGAGUUAUUCUGACCAAAUUAAGUUAGUUUAGACCUUCUGUAGUAACAUCAAAGAUGACCCUCGUUUGUGGACCUCUUGGGAGAAAAUUGAUGCAGGUAUUCAGUAUAAAUAAAUAUAGUUUAGUUUAGGUUUCCUCUUGUAGUAACACUGGACCAAUAAGAGAUGUUCCUUACUCUUACUGGACUUCUAGAGACAGAGUGAACAGUUUAGAACUGAUAGAGCUAUCCAUGAUAAAUAAAGUUAGUUUAGUUUAGGUUUCCUCCUGUAGUAACACUGGAUCAAUAAUAGAUGAUCCGUACUGGACCUCUAGGGACAACAGCUUAAAACUGAUGGAGCUAUCCAGUAUAAAUAAAGUUAGUUUAAAUUUAGUUUAUCUUUGAUUUUAGGUCGCGGAUGAUGGAUACGGAUUGUCGUAUCUUAUAACAGGACACACUUUAAUUGUACAUAUAACGAGCAAGAAAUCAGCUCCUUUAACGGUAAAUAGUUUUACAGUAAACAGAGUUAAGAACAUGAUUCCUCGAUAAGAAUAAAUCACGUUGAAUCGUGAGGCAUUUACACUAUCAAAGUAGGAAUUUUGAAGGAUUUGUAAGAAAUGUUUGAGGGAACUGACAAUGAGUCGUUGAUCUAGGCAAGAAGAACAAAAUCUAUCACCACAGCUAAAAAGAGCAUGUUAAAAUUAGUAAAAUUACAAAGUUUGGUUGCUAAAUGUUUUAAAAUGAGGAAAAUAUAAUAGCCCUAAGAAAUUUGCAAAUUUGUAUUACGCACGGGAAAAUGCACCACUUUCGGCCUGCAAAUGUGGUGCAUUUUCCCGCGCGUAAUACAAAUUAAUACAAAAUUUGCAAAUUUCGUAGGGCUAUAUUUUCCUCAUUUUACGUCAUUUGGCUAUAUUUCCCUCAUUUUACGUCAUUUCGCGGCCAACCUUUGCAAUUUUACUAAUUUUAACAUGCUCUUUCUAGCUGUCGUGAUGGAUUUUGUUGUUCUUGUUUAGAUCAAAAUUUAGUCUGUAGCUGGAAUUGCCUAUUGAAAAUUAUACAUACAUUACAAAUCACGAGGCAACAUGUGUCGCAUUUCUACUUAACAUGCGUUGAAAUCAGAUUUUUUUGCAAGUUGCAGCAUUUUAAUUUUUGCCCGUAUUACUCCCCUUUAAUUAAUUUAAACAACUUGUGUUUUCAUCAAUGUUUUCCAGAGUGCAAGCCGUUUCUCCGAUACUAUUCACGAAUCGUUUAUGGAAAUGAAAGCUUUAUUCGACGAAUAAGGAAUUCACUCAAGAUAUUUUCUGUAUUACGGAUAAGAUAAGUUCUAUUUUUCAACCAUAUAAAUAAUUCAAAAGAUUUAAUCAACAGGGUCAGUGAAUGGACACUAUGCAUGCAGCCCUAAGUUUGAUUGCGUUAGAUUUUAGCCUUUUUAUGAACUUUGAAUCAGUUCAAAAACUUGAACAUACGAAGUAUAAACGAUCGAGAAGUUGGUCUAGUCAAUCGGGACGUGGUUUGAAAACUCGGCAAACUUUAAAGCGUUCUAUACAUAGUAUAUACCGGGUGUCUCAAAAAAAGUAUCGGUGUUUGAUUUAAUUAACAUAAUGUAAAAACUAUACCAGGUAUAUGGCUUUCAAAUAAGUUUAUAGUAUUAAGAAAAUGCUAACCUAAAUUUUGGUAUACAGUGCUAGAUCUUUCAUUUCGACUAAAACGGCUUAUUAAAUUUCUUUGAAGACAUUAAUUUGCUGUUUGUUCGGUAGUAUAGUGAAAAUUUUAAAGAAGUUAGCUUCAAUCUUGUAUUAUUUUAUGCGGCGAUUGGCCCUGGCCUCCUCGAUCUCCUGAUCUGGCGAUUUGCGACGUCUUUCUUUGGGGAUAUUUGAAGCAACAAAUCUGCAACGUCCCGCAUGAGCAGCAGCCUAGGAAUUUGAGACAGCUCCGCCAGGCAGUUAUCUUAGCGUGCCAAAGUUUAGAUGCACAAAUGAUACAAAGCGCUUUUUCUGGCAUGUUUUACAGAGCACGACGUUGUAUAUAGGUGUUCAAGGACAUGCUUUUUCAGAUGAAUAAAUCAUCGAAUGUGUAAAUAUUAUUUAUCGUGCGUUGUGUUGACAAGAACAGCAUUAAAUUAAAUGUUAAUUUGAUAGGCCGAUUUAAUGUAAUUUUAAGCAUCUUCAAAAUUGCUUCUUCGAAAUGAAACUGUAGUAUUUCAUUCAAUAUUGCUCAAAUAUCUUCAAGUCAUAUAUCAAAAUUUAAGUUAGGCCUUUCUGAAUUCAGUGAAGUCUAUUUGAUUGAAACUCCUUGUCCAGUUUUAACGGUAUAACAAAUCAAACACCGAUACUUUUUUUUGAGACACCCGGUAUAUGUUGUAUAAAUUACAACUAGCUAACUAGAAAAGGGGAAAAAAUAAAUUUAACUUACACACUAU